CUCGCCUUCCUUCAAUUAUUCAGCAGACAUAUAAAUAUGAAGCAGGAUCGCGAGAAGAUGGAAGAACGGGGAGAGGCUGAUUUAAUAGAUGACCAGUGUUGUGGGGAUGACUGAUUGCUGCCUCGUUGACUUAAGCUCCAAAGAGCUUUAGAGAAAGGCUUAACAAUGUAGACCGCGUUAAUACCACAGCGCCAUAUCUGCACCUCCUCUUGUCUUCCUGCCGUCGAUAUAAUUAUCCACGUGGACUGAAUCUGCAAGCUUAUCAUAAAUCCAAAGCCGCUUCUUAAGAUUGUGCUAUGUUUUUGCUGUUGUGGGGCUUUAGACGUCGGCAUGUUUCAUCUUGGAAAGGAGGGAAAGAAAAAAAGAUCCGAUAAAUGCGUGAGGGGGGCUGUUACGCACGGUGCGUCUCCAUCAUGACGUCGUGAAUUAGCUCAAGAUCGUAGAGGUGGAGAGAGGAAAAAAAGGAGGGGAGUGUGGUGAAUCGCUGUUUCGUCGUUUAUGGUGGGGUUGCGUUUGUAUAUAGUGGAUGUAUGGGGCUUUUUUUCUCUAUGGAUUUUUUGUCAUCUCUUCUCUUGGCCAUGCGUAACUGCAGUACACGGAAACAAUCCGAAUGAGAGCCGUCUCGUUUUUGUAAGAUUCUGUUUACGCACGGAGCAGCUUGCACAUUUACUGUAUAGCCAUAUUAACAGAGCCAUAAAAAUCGUUGCAAAGAUGCAUAUUUCUACCAAAUAAUCUGACACCGGGCUUUUCCCCUGGCGGGUCCCACCCGGAGGACUUACUCUUAUCUUCACUGAGCGCAUCGAAACUAAUAAUCCAGAAAUGGCACGGCUAUUGUUUCUGAUUCUUCUCUGUGCUCUUCCAUCUCUCGUUGUGCCCAUACAUAAUUCAUCAGCUGGAGGCUGUGCCAUCAUCCGGCCUCCCAGGGAUGGUGGGAUCCGCUAUAGAGGCCUAACACAAGAACAGAUCCGCAGUGUGCAGAUCCUGCCUGUGGAUUAUGAGAUAGAGUACAUCUGCAGAGGAAACCGAGUGAUCGUGGGACCGAAGGUCAGGAAGUGCUUACCCAACGGCACAUGGACCGACAUGAUGCAGGCCAGCAGAUGUUUGCUGCUGUGCCCGCGGGUGUGGACGUCUCUGGAGAACGGCAGGGUGACGGCGAAGCCUCCCGGGCCCCCCGUGGAAGGAACCGUGCUUCAUUACAGCUGCCACGCCGGCUUCAUCCUGGAGGGCAGAAACAUCAGCCAUUGCACUAAGCUGGGCAAGUGGGACGCGCCUAAACCCACCUGCCUGUAUGACAGAAACUACACAGGCAAGAAGAAGCUGUACAUCGGAGCGCUGUUCCCCAUGAGCGGAGGCUGGCCGGGCGGUCAGGCGUGCAUGCCCUCCGCUCAAAUGGCCCUGGACCUGGUGAACAACAGGAGCGACAUCCUGCCCGACUACGAGUUGGAGCUCAUCCACUACGACAGCAUGUGCGACCCAGGAGAAGCUACAAAGUUGCUGUAUGACCUUCUGUACACCGAGCCCAUCAAGAUUGUCCUGAUGCCCGGCUGCAGUGGCGUCUCCACGUUAGUGGCUGAAGCAGCUCGCAUGUGGAACCUCAUAGUGCUCUCCUAUGGUUCCAGCUCACCAGCCCUGUCCAAUCGCCAGCGUUUCCCGACAUUCUUCCGCACGCACCCGUCAGCCACCCUUCACAACCCCACCAGGGUGAAGCUCUUCAAGAAGUGGAAGUGGACUCGUAUCGCCACCAUUCAGCAGACCACUGAAGUCUUCACUUCCACUCUGGAUGAUCUGGAGCAGAGGGUGAAGGAGGCAGGCAUCGAGAUCAGCGUUCGCCAGAGUUUCCUCACCGACCCGGCUGUCGCUGUCAAGAACCUCAAGCGCCAGGACGCUCGGAUCAUCGUGGGGCUCUUUUAUGAGACCGAAGCACGGAAGGUGUUUUGUGAGGUGUUUAAGGAGAAGCUCUACGGGAAGAAGCAUGUGUGGUUCCUGAUAGGCUGGUACGCAGACAACUGGUUUAAGAUCAAAGACCCGGCCAUCAACUGCACAGUGGAGAACAUGACGGAGGCCGUGGAGGGACACGUGACCACUGAGAUCGUCAUGCUGAAUCCUGAAACUGUCCGUGGAGUCUCCAACAUGACAUCACAGGAGUUUCUCGCUGCCUUGAUGUCUCGUCUGGGAGGGAAGAACCCUGAGGAGACCGGCGGGUUUCAGGAGGCCCCUCUAGCCUACGAUGCAGUGUGGGCACUGGCCCUAGCCCUUAAUAAGACUGUGGCACCGCUGAAGGCCAAGGGCCGGCGUCUGGAGGAUUUCAACUAUAACAACCACGACAUCACGUCCGAGAUUUACAGGGCCCUCAACACGAGCUCCUUUGAAGGCGUCUCGGGCCAGGUGGUGUUUGACGCCCAGGGAUCCAGGAUGGCAAUGACUCUUAUCGAGCAACUGCAAGGAGGCAGUUAUAAGAAGAUUGGUUACUAUGACAGCUCUCAAGGGAACCUCUCCUGGUUUGGCAAUGAUGUUUGGAUAGGUGCUGGGCCUCCAGCCGAUCGGACAGUGGUGAUUGACGAAUACAGGUACCUGUCUCAAAAGCUGUUUGCAGCCGUGUCCGUCUUCGCCGGCCUCGGCAUCCUGCUCGGCAUCGUCUGUCUAACCUUCAACAUCUAUAAUGGGAACGUCCGGUACAUCCAGAACUCACAGCCCUACCUGAACAACAUGACAGCGGUGGGCUGCAUGAUGGCGCUCGCUGCUGUGUUCCCGCUGGGGAUUGAUGGUCACCACGUCCAGAAGUCUCAGUUCCCCGUCGUCUGCCAGUUCCGCCUGUGGCUCCUCGGCCUCGGCUUUAGCCUGGCCUACGGCAGCAUGUUCACCAAGAUCUGGUGGGUCCACACCCUCUUCACCAAGAAGGACGAGAAGAAGGAGAAGAAGAAGCAACACUUGGAGCCGUGGAAACUCUACGCAACGGUCGGGGUGCUGCUGGCUAUCGACUUCCUGUCACUCAUGAUCUGGCAGAUUGUGGAUCCUUUGCACAUUACUAAGGAGAAGUUCACUAAGGAGGCCCCUAAAGAAGAUUUGGAUGUCCUGAUUCAGCCCCUGCUGGAGCACUGCAGCUCAAAGAAGAUGAACACGUGGCUUGGUGUGGUUUACGGCUACAAGGGUCUGCUGCUGCUGCUGGGCAUUUUUCUGGCAUACGAGACCAAGUCUGUCUCCACAGAAAAAAUCAAUGACCAUCGGGCCGUGGGGAUGGCUAUUUACAACGUUGCUGUGUUGUGCCUGAUCACAGCUCCAGUGACUAUGAUCCUGUCUUCACAGCAGGACGCCUCCUUUGCCUUUGCCUCUCUAGCUAUCGUCUUCUCUGCCUACAUCACACUGGUGGUGCUCUUUGUACCCAAGAUGCGGCGUCUCAUCACCCGCGGCGAGUGGCAGUCGGAGCAGCAGGACACCCUGAAGACCGGCUCGUCCACCAACAACAACGACGAGGAAAAGUCCAGGCAGCUGGAGAGGGAGAACAGGGAGCUGCAAAAGAUCAUCCAGGAGAAAGAAGAGAGGGUUUCGGCACUCCGCAAUCAGCUGGCUGAACGACAGGCUCUACGCAACCGCCGCCGACCCUCCACGGGCCAGAAUCAGAACCACAAUGCCCCGCCUCCUUCGUCUCAGCCAGAUCCCAAGUCCCUGCUCCCUCCGCCCGGCUAUCCCAACCCAACCACGGACAAUCAUUCCCUCCCACCUUCCUUCUCCAACUCCUCCAACCUCUACCCAGCAGACAGCAAGAUGAGCCGCAACCACUGUCACAACAGCCAGAUCCCGCUGCUGUAUAAAUAGGUGAAACACGGGAGGGCUCGGGUGGGGGAGGCGCACACGGAACAGAACAGCACAGCACAGCACGAGACACUGUGAGUUUCACUUGUUUGGGCAACGAGCACAGCGGAGUAGUGACACUGUUUUAAAACAUGGCGUGGAAGCUGAAAUGAGUACACAGGAGUGCUUUAUACUCGGGGAGAGUCACACAGGUAACACCCAUCCUCUAAGUUUUGAUCUCACUGUGUUCAACCCAGAAACACGGCACACGCGGUGGCUCAACGUGGCGACAAGCACAUCUAAGACUAGCAGCACACGACGUCUUUUUCAAAGAUCAAGUGAACAAUAGUCUCUUAAUCAUUCCGCUCCCUCAUUCGUUAUCUGGUUUCGUUGUGGAGACGCAGUGUCGAGGAUCUUCAAAGGAUGUGUUUGUGUCUUUGCUAUAUCGUCUCCACAUUUUGUCUCUCGAGUUCAUUAACUAGACAGACAUGCGGUAGUGAUUUAUAUUGGUCUGUAAUAUUUGAUUGUUUUGUCAUAGAGUUGUUGUUCUAUUCUCUGUUAAGCUUUCAGGAGAGUUGUGAAAACUGAAAUUUGCAAAGGGACAAAGCAAUGUACAGUUUUGACUUUUUUUUCCCUCUAGUGUUUCCUCUAAAAGCAGCCGAGAAGCUCAGAAGCGAAAAUGUGCAUUAUUAAACAGCCAUAAUUUUAAAAGGCCAGGGAGCUAAGCAUGCAUGGAUGUCUGUUGUCAGGACUGUGUGUUCAAGUACAAAACUGCAUUUUAAUAAGCUAGUUCCUUAUUAGACCCAUGUUGAAGGAGACAAUGAUCAAAGUUGCUGAUGAAUGAGGACAGUUUUGAUAGCUUUGGGGUUUGAAAUCAUAUUUUACAAUGUUUUUUUUUGAAGUUUGUGUUUAUUUAUCAGUACAGUACAGUAGGAGACAUCGAGUCACAUCAAGCCUGCAUGUAAUGUAUCUUGCAGAUAUUGUCAUCUACAGUCCUUCAGGGUCGUCCCCUUGUGCAGCUCUGGAUCAGCACUGCUGCUGACCCUACAUUCAAAUCCUCACCAUUUGGGGCCCUUAGCUUCAGCACUGGGGCCAAACACCAAUUUUCAGUGGAAAUACACUCAGUGUGCAAGACAGCAAGUAGUCCAGGAGUGUCAGGGGUGCAAAUAUCACUCCUCAGACGUUCACGAGGAGUGAUAUUUUCCAAAUGUUUAAAAGGUUAAACACACCAAAUCUUUUGCCCAAGUUCUGUCAUCGUUUAAACACAUAAAAGAUUAAAGACCGUGACAUCGCCUCCCGAGGGUCAGCAUUACUGUUCUGAUACGUGGAAGUACAUAUAUGAGGUUGAAUGGUUCUCAGAUAGAGAAUGGAAGUGUUCCAGAUGCGCACAAGGAGACUGCGUUGAAUGGGAAAUCAGACAAAUUUAAGUCAAGUUUGAUUUUUAUCUGUGGAGUCCUGGAAAUAUUUGAUAUGAGCAAUCGUCAUCACUUACCAUUUUCUAUCGAAAAAUGAUGACCAGCGCCCAGCUGUCUAUUCUGGCUGCCUAAUUUCACGGGGGUACAGUUACCCGUCAUCCAGAUUCUUAUACAGUCUACAAAACUCGAGCCAUCCAAAUUCCAAUGUACUUAAUAGAAGCAUAGUCUGUACUUUCUGCCUUUUAAAAAUCAAAACCACUUUAUGUUUCGACGGCAGUGAGACUUUGAGGGCUUCUGUGAUGGCUUUUACUGUAGAUAUGCAGAGAAAGCACAAUUUUUUUUAUACCUGUAAAUCUGUUACCCGUCAUACUUGUAAACUUAGUUUUUUGUGUCGUAUGUAUACAUACAUGAAUUUUUUCUUUUUUCCCACAGACGAUUGGGAAUGAAGCUAAUUUAUUUUCUUCAUUUUUUGCCCUCGGCUAAGUCGUGAAAGCAUCAAUGAAGGACUUAAAGUAAUGUGACAUAGUGUAUUUAUUCGGCAGUUAAUGCGGAUGUACUAUUUCAUUCAUGAGCUAUUUCCAGAUUUUAUAAAACAAUGACGCCUGAAUGACGCUGUUAGCAGAUAACACAACACUUUGUCAAAUAUUUUUAAAUAUCUGUAAAUCACAGUGUGCACUUUAAACCGAACAAACGAUUCCGCUCUGUGUCGCUGUUACUCGGUUUAGCUCAGGGUUUGGGGGAGGACCGUCACAGUCAACUUAAAUGAAUGAAAUAGGCCAUAUUUAUUAACUGUGCAGUACCUUGAUCACUUGAUAGUGUAGUAUAUGAAUGCAGAAAUUACUUCAGAAAUGUUCUAUUAUCUUGCACAUAUAUAAGAAUAUACAUGGAUUUGGGGAUAUUUGUAUUCACUAUAUCUAAGAUCUUAAAUGUUAAUAUAUUUCAGAGUAUGUGUAUGCAGAUAUAUGGGUACCAUAAAUAAAAUAUUUGUUUUUUCA